AUGUCCGGUGACACCAAGAAGGCUUGGGUAAUGCGCAUGAAUGAUAAGAAGGCUGCAGCCGCGAAGAAGCGUGAUCUGUGGGUGGAGUCUGACGAUGAAGAAAAGGUGACGGAGUGUGUCUGCAUGAGUACAUUCGCUUAUAAGAAUUGCAUCGCCAAACAGUACACUGUCGACAUGAUGGACAAGGAUGCGGUCAUCUUGGCGUUCUCACCUUAUUGCAAGCAUCCCCAUGUGAUGGACCCCGGCAUGGAAUGGGAAGAAUUGUCCGACAAGACCAAGAGGUGGUGCUCCUACCAGCAUUAUCAUAGCAACUUCUUCCGUGCGUCCAAAGGUAAGUGCGUGCCCCUUCCGUGGUGCGUCGAGAAGUACAUCAAGCAGUGCUACGGUGGAGCCAGUGCGCUCUAUACCGGUUUCAAGACGAAAAGACAGAGGGCUGCUGAAAGGUACACCGGCAAGAAAGCGAAGAAGAUCACCAUGGCGGAAGCCAAGAGUGUCAACAAGAAAGCUUUUUCGAAGUCAACAGGAAAAGAAAAUGAGAUUUCUUCCUCUGAUUCGGAGUAGUAUGUGUGAGAGAGUACGCCUGUGCGAGAGUACGCCUGUGCUUCAGUUGACUGUAUCGUGUCAACUUGUUGUUUCGAUAUUGG